AGGAGGAGCAUCACCCGGAAUACACUCAACUUCUACUUCCUAUAUGUACACACACACACUAACAAACACGCUGCUCAGCUGUUUUAACUCAGCUUUUUAUCUUUUGAUGUACUUUUGUAACAACAAAGUGUCUCUGCGUCUUUUUGUCGUCCUGAACUUCCUCCCAGCUGUCUGUCUCACUGUCUCUCUGUCUCUCUGUCUCACUUCUCUGUUUCUGUUCCGCCUAAUUGCAACAUUGAGGUGUCUUUAAUAAAUUAAUUAUCACGUGACUUUCUCCACGGGGGCUCGUUAAUUAUCACACAGACUGGCUCCUCGUGCCGCCCGCCGCUCAGCUGUUAGACUUCCUGGACCACCGGGGACAGUCCCGGUCUGGCACCGUUACUCCUCGAGAUUUAGAGCCGCGGCGGAGCCCUGACACGGGGCCGUUAAUCAGCAGAGCCCUGCCCGGGGCUGCGGUGCUAACCACGGGGUGAGUGUGCUGCAGGAGCCUGUCCCACUUCACACACACACACACACACACACAGUAAACAGAGAGAGACCCGGGGUCCGGACCCGCCCCCGCCUGGUACAGCACCGCCCGCCCACCGGGACUCUCCGCCGUUAAAGCCCUGGUUGGUGGUUCAUCCCGAGCGGACAGACCGAUCACACCCUCCAGGACCUGCUGUCAAUGGCUUCCAUCAUCUUCACCCUUGUCUUCCUCUUCGCCAUGAGGGGCCGAGUCAGUCAAUCCAGUGACCCAUCAGAUUGUUAUGAGUGGGGGGAGUCGAGUGAGGCGGUCUCAGUCCUGGAGGGGGAGGCCGGCUGGCUCUCCUGCCCUCUUUUCUCCCAUCCCUCUGUAUACAACUACACCUCCACCCAGAGCGCCGGACACAGCCUGUACUGGUACCACGUCCCUGAAGGUCACGACCUGGAGCAGCCAAUCAAGUACAGCUCUCGGGUCAGCAAAGACAGAGACAGACUGUGGCUGCAGCCGGCCACCGCAAACGACACCGGGCAGUACAUCUGUAUGCUGCGGAACAAGUCAUCCUGCAGUAAGAUUGCCAUGCGUCUGAAGGUGAUGCGGCCCGAUGAGGUGGUUCGUGGUGCCGACUGCGAGCUUCCAGUUGCCGCCCCAGUCAGUCAGGAGGUCGUCGCCUUCCAAACGGGGAAGGUGGUGGACUGUCCAGACCUGCAGGAAGCCCGCAAGAUGGCCGACGGAGAGGCGACUGUCACCUGGUACCAUAGGUGUAAAAAGGAUCCGUACUGGGGCAGCUAUCGGGAGAAGAAGGGAGAAAGUCUGCAGUUUCACGUCAUGUGGGACAUUUUUCAGGGUUUAUAUUUCUGUGUGGUCCACUACCAGAGGAGAGGAAAAACACUCAACUUCACCAGGAGCAUCAACGUCAGCGCAGUCACUUCGCCAAAUUUGCCCAAAUUCCCCAGCGUCGUCCACCCUGCUAAAGACCAGGUGUACACUGUCAAACGGGACACGGAGGUGCAUCUGAAGUGCACAGGUCAUUUCCCGUACCUGAGCAACUCAUCCUGGGACAUCUGGUGGACUGUUGAUGGGAAGACGCUGGAUAAACUGGACCAUCAUCGAUUCUCCAGAAGAAACACCCGGGAGGAGGAGAAAUACGGGGACCGGACGGAGGUGAGCGUGCUGGUGAUCCAGGACUUCCAGGCUGAAGACCUGAACAGGGAGUAUAACUGCUCUGUGAGGAACGAGCGCGGCUUCCAGACCCGCAGAGCUCAGCUGAAGGAGGAGGUGUCGCUGCCGUCGGUGGAGCUGGGUUGUGGUCUCGGUGUGACUCUGGUCCUCAUGCUGCUGCUCUUCGUGGUUUAUCACGUCUUCUGGUUGGAGCUGCUGCUGCUCUAUCGAUCCUGGUUCGGCACCGACGAGCGACACACGGAUGAUAAGGAGUAUGACGUGUACAUCUCGUAUGCGAGGAACAGCGAGGAGGAGCAGUUUGUUCUGUCGACGCUGCGUAACGUUCUGGAGAACGAGCUGGGAUACUCCGUGUGUAUCUUUGAUAGAGACAGUCUGCCAGGAGGGACCAUCACUGAUGAGACUCUGAGCUUCGUGGCUCGUAGCCGGCGCCUCCUGGUGGUUAUAAGUCAAGGAUACGCCUCCCAGGGCUCCCAGGCCCUGCUGGAGCUAAAGGCCGGCAUCGACGGCAUGGCGCGGGGCGGGCACUUGCGGGUGGUCCUGAUCCAGUACAAGCCAGUCCAGAGGCAGGUCUGGGUCAGGGAGCUGAGGAGGGCCCGGGUGGCCCUGGCUCUGGUGCACUGGCAGGGGGACAAGUCCAAGGAGCUGACGUCUCGCUUCUGGAAGAGGCUGAGGGUGGAGCUACCUGUUAGGAGGGUUAGCAGCAGGGAGGAGGAGGAAGGGGGCGGUAAGGACGUGCCCCUGCUGAGGAUGCUCAGUCAGAACAGCACUAACUCCGCCACAGGCCUCAUCUGCAACACUGUCAAAGACCCGCAGAAGGUCCUCAACUCUGCAGCUUAGGGAGGACGCAACAUUUCAGUCUGAAAGGACACGAGAGCCCAUGUCACUGUUCAGUCUCCACAGAGAGGAUGUUAUUCUGUUAUGACUGAGACCAUAAGCUCUCUUUCUUUUUAGUCUUCUCCCACAUUGAGAUAAAUUAUGUUUCUAAAGC